AUGAACUUCACGAUUAUUGGCGGCAAUGUCAAAUUACUGGCCCGAACCGUGAACAGCUUUUCAAAAGUCGGCAACGAACUGUUCCUCGAUGCGACCCCGGACGGACUGGAGUUGAAAACGGUCAAUUCCACCAACACGGCAUACGCGGCCGCCCUGUUUGAGCGUGACUUCUUCCUAAGCUACAGCAAUGCGACCGGCACCGGCACUCCGGAUGACUACUGCUGCAAGGUGUCGGUGCGCCCGUUGUUGAGAAUCUUCAAAAACAUAACCAAAAUCCACAGUUGCGACGUAUGCUUGAAUGCCGCUCAAUCGAAGCUUGUUUUUCAGUUCCGGUGCAAGAGCGAGGCCGUGAAGACGCGCGAAAUCUGUUUGCUCGAAGAUGAAAGCAUCAAUUCCCUCCGUUUGCAGCAAUCUUUCACCAGCAAAAUCGUGGGCAAUAAUAAGCUGUUUUCGAGCAUUCAAAUCCAUCUGCACAACUCGGUGCAGGAGAUAGCGUUUGAUUUCAGGCCGGACAAAACGUUGGUGUCUAACCACGUGGACGACGAUCAGCACGAUCGGUCUUCGUUGCGGUCGACGCUCACCAUUCACUCGUCCUCCUUUCUAUCCUACAAGCUCGAUCAACCGGCACACCUGAUCUUCUGCUACAAGGAAUUCAAAUCGCUUAGCUUGUUCGGAGCGUUUAGCAAGCUAAACAUUGAAAUGAGCUUCUCGCAGCCGGGAGCACCGUUGAUGUUGGAGAUGAAAAAGCCCGGCCUAGUGCAGGUGAAGUUUAUCAUGGGCACGAUGAUGCCAUCGGCAAGGCCGCGAGUGCAACGACGGAAGGUCACCGAGGAAUCGGUCACCCGCACCGCCACCGCAGACAUCAAUACAGUCAACUCGAACCUAUCGGACAACGUUUCGGGCGCAUCCAACGCGGGCAUCAAUCACCCCCCUAAAGAGAUACCGGCAGCGAACGAAGACGACCGGAGUCCGACCCGAUUGGGAAGGAAAACGAUUCCAGAAAUGGCAAAUCCCAAGAAUGGUUCAGCAGAAGCGCCAGCAGCCGUGCCGGCAGCGAACGACGUUGGUCGAGCUGCGGGUGGCACUGCCACGGCCCACGAACCACCCAAACCAAAUUCAGCAGCCUUGCUUAACACCGAAGAACUUAUAUUCCUCGAUGGUUUAGACGCUCCGACGCCGAGUCUCGAUUCGGGCGCAGGCCCAUCCACAAGACCGUCGCGACCAUCGGCGGACGCGCUGCUGCUCGAUGAUGAUGCGGCUCUGGACCUAGUAGCGGUGGAGGCUCUCAGCAGGAGGGCCUCCAUGGUGCCACCUCGGAAACGUCACAAACUGGUGCAUGGAGGGCAACCCGAUGCGGCGGACUCCAGCGAGGCACAUCCUGCCGAAACUUCGAUCGUGCCCGUGUCACCGGAAGUGAUCGAGGAAAGGAGGCGCAAGCGAGCGAAAAUGCGCCACAUCUUCCGGCGCUGUUUCGAGCCGACGUUCGACCCGAACAACGGGAUCGGUUGUAGUCAAAUGUUGGCCGGCAAAUCCGAUUCCGAAGAGGACUCGUAGUGUCGAGGUUCCGGGGCAAGGACCAGCCUCUCGGUAGUAGUGUAAGCACAAAAGAGAGAAAAACCAACGCCUGCUGGGGUACUUUUAUUCACAAUCUCGUCAUUUGUUCUUUGUUUAUUGUCUCUCUUGCGUUGUGUGCCUGGUUUGGGUGUUGAGCGAUCGUCGGGCUA